UCGCGGCUCGACGUUUGCCGACUCGGUACGUAUUUCGUGACAUUAUACCGCGGAUCCGUCGGAUUUUCGCGUUUUUCGCGCCUCAGCGUCGUGACCGUCGAGUAUUAGUGUGCGCCGACAAUCUUUAUCUGCGUUGAACGAGAGGCAGCAUGUCCACGAGUGUUCGAACAGAUUAAAACAGAGGAAAAAGCAGCUGAGAAGAUAGUGGCCGUGUGUGUACCAGGCAUGGAGUGGACUCAGUGCGCUCGUUUCAAAUCGUUACGAGCCGUUACCGCAGUCCCAGUCGAACCAAGUUCCGUGUUCGCGGGAAACAAUUGGGCGUUCAGAGAGCAGGAAAAGGUCGAAUAUACAACUCACGUGUCGAGGGUCUAUUUGUUUUAUCAAGCCUGCAGCGGCAACCUGCUCCCGCAUUAUUUUGACAAUAACGCCGAGCAACCACGCGAACCAGACACAACUAUAUAGGUCGCAGUAUAGCCGCGAGGAUGUGAGCAAGGAUGCACGCAGGAGUGCGUGAGAUCAUCGUGAUCGCCGGAAGAUGGCCGCGACGCCCGUUCCGACGCGCGUAUCAACGUGAUCCCUCGAGGCAAGCAGGGUACGCGAGGGACCGGCCACGCCGUCCAGCGAUGCACUGAGGCCUCGACAGCGGUGUCUCGAGUAUCGAGGAGGAUACGCAAGUCAGCUAAGACAAGCACGGAGCCAAAACACGAUGGAGGAGGUGCGAGGUUCCCCGGCACGACGCCUCUCGCAGAUCCUCGACCCGAUCGCGCGGCUUGCCACCGAUUUUGGCUCGAACUCGGCCCCCUGCAGUCCCAGACUAGGCGUACGAGGUCACGAGGCGAGCAGUGGCAGUAUCGUUCAAACUGGGCCAGCAGCAGCCGAGGUCACGACACGUAGACAGCAAGUCGGCCCGGAAUCGAGUCGAGGCGGCGGCUUGCCGCCAACCGGAGCGGAGAGUCCUCGACUCUGGCCAAGGCAAUUUCGUCAGGCGCCAGCCCCACCGCCGCGACCCAGACACGCGAACAACGCGAACAACAAUCACGCCGCGGCGAUCGCCGCCUCUGGAAGCCUUCCGGCACCGGUCCACGCCAGGGACUCGCCUUACGUCAACGUACCGAACUUGCUCUUCCAAAAGGAUAACAAGGGAUUCGUAGAGACGGCGAGAAGCGCCGGUUACGUCGAGCUCCGGGACACCAAGCCAAAGUGUAGCCCGUACGAUUUCACAUCAGAGUCGAGCGGCCACGUAGAGUACACGGACAAACGAACGUUCGCCGCACAGACUGACUUCGACGGCUCCUCUAGUUGCUACGACGCCAACGAUCUGGCCGCGUUUGCAAGAGCUAGGUCGAACUUCGAUCCUGGACCGGCGCCACGUGGCGGACACUUUGACCGAGCGUAUUCGUUCUCCGGCAGGCAGCCAGAGCAGACGGGCAGGAUCUUUGCGGAGAAUCGACUGUACGUGGAGCAAAGAAACGCCGUGGCUGCGGCAGCCGCUGCUAGUUCGGACGCGAAGAAGGAGAAGCUCGAGAGCAGACCCGCUUACGGCGCGUCCAAGAGUUUCGAUGGAUACUCGAGCGCGGUGGAGGAGCUUAAUUGGCAGGAGAGGUGCCUCGAGUUGCAACUCGAACUGCACAGAAGCAGAAGUCAGGCCACCAGGGUGCGAGACAUGCUUCGCGAGAAGCUCUCGGAGCUCGAGCAGCGGGUGUUGGAAGCGGAGGGCCGAGCCGACGAGGCGGAGGACAAGGUACGGAUGAUGGAGGAGCGGCUAGUGAAGGGUGAAUACUGCUUGAGCACAUCCGGUGUUGGUUCUCCACCGCAUUCGCUGCCGUCGACUUCCGGUACGCAGAAUGACAAGAUCGAGGAUGUACAUUGUGCCUGCAUCUCGAAGCUAGAAACACAGGUCGAGGAACAGAGGCAGUUACGGCUUCAAGACGCGAGGCAGGUCGAGGCGAAAGCCGCGAGAAUAAAGGAAUGGGUGACCAAUAAGUUGAGGGAACUGGAGCAGCAAAACCAACACCUAAGGGAACAGAACAACAAGUGCAAUCAGCAGUUGGAGCUAUUGAGAAAUCACAUAACCAAUAUCGGCCUGAAACCACCUGCACCUACAAGGGCAUCCUUAUCUCUGGAAGUUGACCCCACGUUACGCAGACGAUCGGAAAGCUUGGAGGGAACACCGCAGGCGGUACCGGAAAGCGUGCAAAGCGCCGUAGCGGAACCACAAGCUGGUACAAAGCACCGAAGACACCUGUCCGCCUGUGGAACUAUACAACGAGGGAUCACGACCACCAACAUGGAUUCAAGCUUGCUAUCGGAGGAGCUCGCUGCUGCGGUGGAAAACUUGGUGAUGUUACCGAAUAUACCUGGAGUCUCGGAGACGAGCAGAGACAGUGGCAGCUCGGAGGCUAUUCACGAUUACGCGGAGAUCUAUACGCCGAGCAGGGAAGGAAUGAAUUGGGCUCAAAGCGCGCAAGGUCCUCGACCACCCACUCCACCCUUGCACCGAUUUCCUAGUUGGGAAGCCAAGAUAUACCAGGUAGCGGAUGGCGGGCUUGGCAUCGGUCCACCGACGAACGAGGAAUCCGCGCCUUCCACAAUGACAAAUACAACUAGCUCGUCGAAACAUUCCCAAGCAACAGGACACAACUUGACUGCGCACAACUCCCAAGGCUAUUGCGAUAUUUCAGUUCCAGUCUAUGCAACGGUCAAGGGGCGAGCCAGUCAAAUUAGGUCGAUGCCCUUUGGCGACAGUUCCGACGACAGCUCGGACGGCGAAGAGCAUCCCAAUCAAACGGAAACCAACACGAGAAUCACCAAUAGCUCUUCAGACAACACGGACUCUUCGCUUGGCAGUGGAAGUAGUCCUUCGAAAAGCGUUAAAACCACCAGCAGCCUUAGUCCUGCCAAGAGAAGCUCCAGCGGUUCCCCUAGCAAAAGCGUGAAACGUGACACCUCUCUGGAAUCUGGUCUGUCGGAAGACUACGCGAUACCUCCCGAUGCUCUAAGCUCCACAUCCUUCGAAUCUAGUAUGCCGAGUUUGCUAAUGCGAGUCUCCGGCGAGAGCCCAAAACGACAAGAAUCUUUAGAGAAGACCGGCCACCUUGCGAAACUCGGUGGUAAAUUAAAAACCUGGAGAAAGAGAUGGUUCGUGUUGAAGAACGGUGUGCUGACCUAUUGGAAAAGUCAGAACGAUGUCAAUAGAAAACCUCAAGGCCAAAUUGUAUUGGAUGAAGUGUGCAGGAUAAACAGGGCGGAAGGUGCUGCAACGUUUGAGAUAGCAACAGGGAAGAAAACGUAUUAUUUAACGGCAGACUGUAUCGCAACGAUGGAAGACUGGAUAAGGGUUUUACAAAACGUACAAAGGCGGAACGCGACGAAACUUUUGCUCAGUAAGGAAGAUAAUAAGCCUACGAUACAGGGAUGGCUGACGAAAGUGAAAAACGGGCACGCUAAGAAGUGCUGGUGCGUCCUCAUCGGAAAAAUGUUCCUCUACUUUAAGUGCCCUAACGAUACGAAUCCUAUUGGACAAAUAAAUAUGAGAGACGCUAGAGUAGAAGAAGUCGAGCACGUGUCCGACAGCGACAGCGAAGAAAGAGACGCCGAGGGUCCUCACGAAAGAACAAUCGGUAUUUUUCCUACUCAUCAAGGCCCUACAUACUUGCUGAUGCCUCAUAAACAAGAUAAAGACAAUUGGCUGUACCAUCUGACGGUGGUAUCUGGAGGCGGACCUAGUGCUGGAACUCAGUACGAGCAGCUAGUACAAAGAUUAAUGGAAACCGACGGAGAUCCUAGUUGUGUUCUCUGGAGACACCCGCUGUUGCUCCACACGAAAGAGAACAUCACUAGCCCACUGACCAGCUUGACAUCCGAAGCCUUGCAGACCGAGGCUAUCAAGCUUUUCAAGGCUUGUCAGUUGUUCAUGUCGGUGGCAGUGGAGCAAGCAGGCAUAGACUACCAUGUGGUAUUAGCGCAAAACGCAUUGCAACAAUGCAUAGAUCAACCUGAAUUACAAUCUGAAUUCAUAUGUGCAUUGGUAAAGCAGACAAGUCGUCAUACUCAACAUCGUUUGGGCGUACAGGUAAAAAAGGCCGCCAGACUUGUGUCGCUGGGUACUGCGCGCGUUCAGCUCCUUCUCUGCGCCACGCAAUCGCUGUUCACCUGCGAUACGCAAAGUCCCGCGGCAAAUGGCAGCGGUGAAAAUGCGGACGCACAGUCGACGGCCUCCACUUCUCACAGUCCUCCGCUCAUGCAGGGCCACUCGACGUCAACGAUCUUGGACUGCAAAACUAAUCCCGCCCAGUACGUUCUUAUCCAGGGAUGGCAGCUGCUCGCGCUCGCUGUUUCUCUAUUCCUACCAAGAAACAAUCGGCUACUCUGGUACCUGAAGUUACACUUGCAAAGAAACGCUGAUACUAAAACGGAGUGCGGCAAAUACGCAGCCUAUUGCGAAAGAGCGUUGGAAAGGACAUUACAAAACGGCGGAAGGGAGGUGAAGCCCUCGAGGAUGGAGGUCCUAUCGAUAUUAAUGAAAAAUCCCUACCAUCAUUCCCUGCCACAUGCGAUACCGGUUCACUUCUUGAAUGGGACGUAUCAGGUUGUAAGCUUCGAUGGCAGCACAACGAUAGAAGAAUUUCUGAAUACUCUGAACCAGGAAAUCGGUUGCCGAGAUGUUCAUCAAUCGGGUUUCACGUUAUUCAGUGACGAUCCCAUCGAGAAGGAUCUUGAACAUUUCAUCGAUCUUCAGGCAAAACUUUGUGAUAUAAUCUCCAAAUGGGAAACCGCAUUAAGAGAGAAGGGCUCGGGAAAAUUCGAGAAUACCAGGGUGAUACAAUUAACGUACAAAUCGCGAUGCUAUUGGAGACAGGCAGCUAAGAUGGAAACCGACAGAGAAAGGCUUCUUCUGUGUUACCAAAUAAAUCAGCAAGUCGUACAAGGCAAAUUUCCGGUCAAUCGAGAACUUGCAUUUGAACUUGCGUCGUUAAUGGCACAGAUCGAUUUUGGUGAAUAUAACAACGAUAAAGCUCGAGGCAGCGGCCCAGGAUGCAAUCCCCAUCAUUUGGUGCUUCAAGCUUUAGACAAAUUUUAUCCCAUACGAUAUCGGACAAACAUCACUGCCGAGCAAUUAAGAGAACUGCAAGAAAAACUUCAAGAAAAGUGGAUCGCGUUAAAAGGUCGUAGCGUAUUAGACUGUGUUCGCAUAUAUCUAACUUGUACCAGGAAGUGGCCUUUCUUUGGAGCUACACUCUAUCAAGCAAAGUUGAAGCAAGCUGAGCCGAUAACCGUAUGGAUAGCCGUUUCCGAAGAUAGUGUUACUCUUCUAGAAUUACAAACGAUGGCAGUGAUGUGUCGUUAUAAUUAUGCGAACAUAGUUACAUUUGGAGGAUGUUUGGAUGAUUUUAUGCUGGUCGCUUGCCCUGACGAAGGAGCAGCUGAACAAAAACUUUUAUUUGCUCUAUCAAAACCUAAGAUUCUGGAGAUAACAUUGUUGAUUGCCGAUUACAUGAACGCCUUGGGACAUACUUUACCUGGCACGCCACAGAUGAACACAUUAACUCGUAAUGGGUCUCACAGAUCCAUCAAAUCGACCCUAAGACCUACAACGGGUUCAGGCUGUCUUCCAACGCAACCAGAUAUUUUAAAGUCGACGCCAGACCACCAAAGACCUUAAAAAAAGACUGGUCAAUCGAAUUGGGAAAAAAAAGCAGGGGAAUACGGCACUUCGUUCAUGAAAGUCUGAUCCUGCCAAGGCACUAACUUUAUAUUCGAAGGUACUACAGGCUGUAUUGUAAGAAUUUGCGUAAAACGAUACACUGGACGACGCUCAGCAACGUGUGCGCUGUAGUUGAUUUUAGUUGCGUUUUGUGUAAAUUAGAGAUGAUGCUUGACAGACAACGUUUUUGUGUACAUACCUGACAGCAUGCAAAACUCUGUGGUCCACGUUAACGCGAUUUAAACGUGGGUGACUGAAAUUAAUCGAAAACGAUUUGCAACACUGCCUAAAAUAAAUUAGUAUGUCUGAAAUUACAUCGAAUAAUUUCAUUAAAAAAAGCUAAGGCAUCGUGCUGAAACUUUUUGCUACCGUAUUUAUAUACCAAAUUCAAAACGUUUAGCGUAAGAUAAUGAUGCAGAAGUGAUGUAUCACAUAUGUAUAUAAUUAAUCGGAGUUAAUGGAUGUUUAGAAGUCUAGUGAGUGAUGCAGCGAUACCUUUGUCUUUAAUGUGAGAAUAUGUCGACGAAAUUCUUAUUUCUUGCCAAAUCGAUCGCAGUACACGUACGAGGAGCCUGCAAUUGCUUUGCAGUGCAAAUAAAAACACAUGGAUAUAAGUAUUUAGAUUUUUCAAAUAUAAAGAUAUUUCAAGCGUAAUAACUGUACCUACUGUCAUUGUAAAUUCAAAAUUUACCUUCGAUCACUACAUUAUUCACAUAAUGAUCUGUUUUAAUUUAAAAAGUGUUGUACACGAUUUUUUAUUGCAUUGACUAAUUACUUCUUUUAUAUUUUAUAAUGACUAAUUUGAGAAAUAUGGUUGAUUGGUGACAGUAAGUACAGACAGUAUUAACUUUAAGUCUGGUUGAAUUUAAGCUCAAUCAUAAGAAAAAAAUUCUUUGUACGGAAAGUGACAAAUGCAACUUACACAUUAUCAUGUUAUUUUGAUAACAGCUAGUCUCAUAUUUUAUAUUUAUUUAAUGUUUAAGCAAAUAAGUUCGUUUUAUAAGGACACGACCAAAUAGAUGUAAUGGGAACGCGUUUUCUUUAAUAAUUAGUAUCGUUCCUGCGGUAACAUACGUGCAACAUUUUUGUACUAAUUAAACGAUGAUCCCGUCACGUAUAGAAGUUUUGUACUCGCUUGACGUGUCCUACAUAACUAGCAAAUGUCUUCCUUCUCUUUAGUAUCCAGAAAUAAAUAAAAGUUUAAAAGUAGGGCUUUCGUGCAAUAUGUACAAGACUUCUAUAAUUUUAUAAUUCCUGAGAUAGGCUGAGUGUGACUGUGCCUCUCUGAGCAGUAUAGACAAAGUAACUCUAUGCACGGCUUUGUUUAGCGCAUUGAAGAUUUAUAUAAAAUAAAAACGAUAGAAACCUCAGAUUACUGGGAGCAGUACAAAGAUAUGCAAGAACGACAUUUUGUCUUUAAUUUUUAUAAUACGCAAUGAAAUGCUACUAUUUAGGUGCUUAGCACCUUUGUAUCAUGAUGCAGUAAAAAAGAGUCACUGAUCUGUAAAUAUCACCUUAGUCUUAAGUUUCUAAAUAUAGUAGAAUGAGAAGAGGGCAGCUGAUAAAGGCUACAAUCGUGGUAGAAAUUUCUUGCGAUCGUCUAGCUGUCUACAAAAUAUUCUGAGCCUACCACCUUACAUUUCUAUUUAUUAUUUAUUCGCAUAAAACGACGCAUAAGGGCACGAGCGGUGUGAGCGAAAAGCAUUGUACUAUUGUACAGGAAGAGAAAUAAACUGCUCGGAUCUACA